CUACGCUCUCCCUAAUGCACCCACCUAAAAAUAGCUUUUUACCACACUUGGGGUUUGAUCACAAAUGCUCCAGUGUUGUAUAUUUAAUAAAAAUACGUUUUUGCUCCAACUUCAUCUUCUGUGAAGAUAAAGUUGGAGAGCAAUGAUCAUUAACAGCAUAGCAACCAAGUGACGCCUAAAGAUUAGAGAGAAGCUUUCUCUACAGUUGUUUUACUGUCUUGUUGUUCACUUAACUUUGAUUUUUGUCACUCUAGCUUCAUAUCGCUACUUGUCUACAUCUCGUCUUAAAUUUGUAUUAUUGUACUUAUAACUAUUGUUAAAACUUAAAACUAUUGCAACUAUUAAAACCUAAGAAUAAUUAUGUUUAAACCUUAAGAAUUACAAUUAAAUAAACUAUUUAAAACCAAAAAUACUUGUGUUCGCAUCUUAAUCGUUACUGGCGCAGUCGAAAAAACUUGGUGCGUGGAGUUAAAACUUGAAUUUGCUAGUUAAAAUAAUAAUUUCUUUAAACUAUAAAUUAAAUAAACGUGGCCUGUGAAAAUCAUAAAAACCUGGCUUAAAUAGUUAAAAAAAAAAAGAACUAAAGCAAACAAAAAAAAAACAAUUAUAAAGAACAUGUAUAAAAACCUAAACUAUUUUACGAAAAAGUCUAAUGCUUGAAACCUUCACAAAAUUCAUAAUUCUGGAAAUUGUACCAAACAUUUGUGAAAAUUCUUCUGAAAAUUGAAAAUACCUAGUUUAUGAAACUCCACCAAAGCACCGUUAUAAAAACGCUCCCACGCUUGCGAGAAAAAAAAAUUUUUUUUUGAUUAAAUGCACACAAAAAAAGAAACUGUACCUAUUUGACUAUACCUAGUAAUCUAUAAAAACCUUUGAAGGAAGCGAAUAUAAAUCUAUGGUCCAACUAGUCAGCAGCAAAUAUUAGUUCCAGUAUCCCGUGAGUAUCAAACAAUAUAUUCCUGAAAAAAAAAGUUGCCUAUAAUCAUGGAGUUCGUUAAUCCUGUGGAUAGAUUUAAGAUUAUAUUAGACUUAAUUACUAAGAUUCCAGAGUUUGAUGGUAACAGCAAAUAUCUAUUAGAUUUCCUGGACAGGGUAGAUGCUAUUUCUGUAACUAUUGAUUCCUUUGAAGAAUCAGCUAAAGUCAUUUUAAUGGGUUACGUUAAGGACAAAAUUGUAGGUAGGGCUAAGUCCGAAAUUCAAAAACAUGGUAGAUUAAAUACUUGGAGUGAAAUGAAAAAUGUUUUAAAAAAUAAUUUUGGGGAAAGAUUAUCUAUUGAUAAAUUGAUUGAUAGUAUUCGAACAGCACGAGUCCAGACAACAAUUGAAGAUUAUUACAAUAAAAUAAAUAAUUUUCUUUGUCGUAUUAACAACACUUAUUUACUAGGUAAUAACCAAGAUGGAAUAAAUGAAAUGAUUGAGUCAAACAAUAGGAUUGCUUUCCAAGCCUUUAAAAAUAAUUUACCCGAACCUACUAAAUCUAUUAUAUUAAGUCGAAACCCAUCAUCACUUACUGCAGCUUUUAAAAUCAUUGUUGAAAUUAAUCACCAAAGAUAUGGGCCAAACACUCGUUUUGCUCAAAGUGAUUCAUGCCAAAAUUUAAAUGAUUCUUAUUCUAGAAACACUAACCCUACAAAUCCUUUUAACAAUAACAAUUUCAAUACCAAUUCUUUUACAAGAAACAACAAUUUUUCCCGUGGGUAUAACAGGCAACUUAACAGUUCAAUAGUAGGUCAAAAUCAAAACAAUAAUCACACUGGACGUCAAAAUUAUAAUAGUAAUUCCACGGGCCAGUCUCGUCAAAAUUAUUACAACAAUUCUUAUGUCCAACCUCAACAAAAUAAUUUGAGUUCCAAUAGUGGUCAAUCUCGACAAAAUUAUAACAAUAACAUGGGUCAAUCUCGUCGAACCUACAAUAACUUAAGCGUUCAAUCACGUCAAAAUAACAACAAUUCAAACAGUAAUCAAACACGAAAUCCGACUAGGCAAUCAAAUAGCGAGCCUAUGGAUAUUUCGUUGAAUGAACAGAGACAAAGCCAAUCUUCUGAAAAUCAGCAAAAUUUUCAAAUGGAUCAAAGAAACACCUACCCUAUAUAA